CAUACUGACCUGUCAGCUUUCUCAUCGUGUUCUCAAGGAAUAAUGAUCAACAUUCGUUCAGCGACGUGUAUUUGUGUGACUCUCCUGACUGUCUACAACUUUAUGGAAUCUCAGUCUGAGCGUUUACAAGUGGUUGGUCCAGAAGCUCCUCUUGUUGCUGUAGCUGGUGAAGAUCUGGUGCUGCCCUGUUUUAUCAAACCCAACACCAAUGCUGUGGACAUGACAGUGGAGUGGUUGAGAGUAGAUUCAGGGUUUUUAUUAGUGCAUAGUUAUAAGGAUCGUGAAGACAAAAAUAAAGAUCAAGUGCAGUCCUACAGAGGAAGAACAUCACUGUUCAAAGAGGAGCUGCAGAAAGGCAACGCUUCACUUAAACUCUCAGAUCUCCAAGUUUCUGAUGAAGGAAAAUAUAAGUGUCAUGUUGAAGACAAAACAUGGUAUAAUGACAUAACUGUUCAUGUUAUUAUCGAAGUUCAGGGAAGCCACACAGUGAUAACGAUGGAGAGUUAUGAUAACUCAGGAGGGAUUAAUCUAGUGUGUGAGUCCAGAGGCUGGAAACCUGAACCUGAUGUUCUGUGGCUGGACAGAGAAGGAGUCACUCUGACUGCUGAAGAUACACAGAUACACAGAGACACUGAGCUCUUCAGUGUGAAAAGCCGCAUCACUGUUUAUGAUUAUAGCGACUCUAACAAGUUUUACUGCAGACUUCAGCAACAACAUCACAUGCUGGAAACGGAGAUUAUCGUCAAUAGUGGAGUCUUUGGUGUUUGGAAGUGGGCUGUCAGCACUUCUGUUGUAGCAUGUCUUUUUCUUGUUGGAUUGAUACCAACUGUGUGUUUUGGCUACAAGAAAGCCUCAGAACUUCAACAGGAGAAGCAAUAUGCAGAACUUCUAAAGAAGAAGAUGUUUAGAGUGGAUGUGACUCUGGAUCCUGAUACAGCUCAUCCUCAACUCAUCCUGUCUGAUGAUGGAAAACAAGUGUCGCAUGUAGACACACCACAGGAUGUCCCUGAUACACCACAAAGGUUUAAACUUCCCAGUGUUCUGGGAAAGCAGAGUUUCUCUACAGGGAGAUUUUAUUAUGAGGUGCAGGUCCGAGGGAAAACUGACUGGACAUUAGGAGUCGUGAAAGAGAACAUUAACAGGAAGGGAGAGAUUAUUUGGUGUCCUCAGAAUGGAUUCUGGAUUGUGGGACUGUUCAAUGAGAAUCAGUACAGUACUUAUGAUAGUCCCUCUGUUCCCCUCACACGGAGAGAGAAGGUGGAGCUUGUGGGGGUGUUUGUGGAUUAUGAGGAGGGUCUGGUCUCCUUUUAUGAUGUGAAGUCCAGAUCUCAUAUCUACUCUUUUACUGGUCAGACUUUCACUGAGAAACUCUAUCCAUACUUCUGUCCUCAAUACAAAGCAGAUGGUAGUAAUUCAGCUCCACUGAUCAUCUCUGAUGUUACUGAAUAUCUGCUUUAAAUUCUAUAACAUUUAAAAAUGUUUUCAUCUUGAUAUAAUCAUCCGUUUAUUUUUUAAUUUUAAAUAAAUGUCAAAUUAAACAAAGUGCCAUUAUUAGAUUUUUAGAAAUUCUAUGAAGACACAAGGAUGUUAGUGGUUUAUUUAGAGUUUAUAUGCUACUCACAGACCUGCAGUUUUAACCUGGAGGAUUUGGAGGAUUCACUAACAUACCAGUAGUCAGUAACUGUGACUAAUGUGUCAUUUAAAGAUUUGUUCAUUCAUUCAUUCAUUUUCUACCGCUUAUCCGAACUACCUCGGGUCACGGGGAGCCUGUGCCUAUCUCAGGCGUCAUCGGGCAUCAAGGCAGGAUACACCCUGGACAGAGUGCCAACCCAUCGCAGGGCACACACACUCUCAUUCACUCACACACACUCUCAUUCACUCACACACACCCACACACACACACUAGGGACAAUUUUUCCAGAGAUGCCAAUCAACCUACCAUGCAUGUCUUUGGACCGGGGGAGGAAACCGGAGUACCCGGAGGAAUCCCCCGAGGCACGGGGAGAACAUGCAAACUCCACACACAAGGCAGAGGCGGGAAUCAAACCCCCAACCCUGGAGGUGUGAGGCAAACAUGCUAACCACUAAGCUACCGUGCCCCCCUCUAUGUAUCAAGAAAUAAAAAUAGCAUGAAGAUCAUUCAUGGCCUAAAAAUCAGCAAAUAGGAUUGUCACAUCGAUGCAAACUUAAAAUAAGUGUGUGUGUGUACAUUUUUUACAUUACAUUUACAGCAUUUGGCAGAUGCCCUUAUCCAGAGAGACUUUCAUCAUCUCAAUUUUAUACAGCAAUUGAGGGUUAAGGGCCUUGCUUAGUGGCCCAACAAUGGCAGCUUGGAACAGACAGACUGAGGUGUUAAUGGGUAUAGAGUGUUUUGGUGAACUGGGGUGUUUAGAUGUUAGACACAUUCACUAUUUGGUUUGUUGGCCACUUAAAUUCCCAGGAAACCGUAAAGUCUGUGUUACCUUCUGGCUCUGCCUUUUAAUUACACUUUGGCUUAUCUAGGCUUUUAAUUAGUGAAAUUUGACAGGUCUGUAUCAACAAUGCUUAUAAGAGAUUUAAAAUCUUCUGAAUGCUAAAUCCACUGCUAGUCCCUGAUUGGCUGAAGGGUUGUCAGGUCAGAACAAUGAUCUCACAAUGAAAAGUUUAUUUAA